AUGCGCACCGCCAAUUUGACACCCGUAGUAAUCGGAGUCGGAGACAUCAAGAACACUUCCUUGAAACCAGAACAUGCAUAUGAACCGCUCGAGCUUAUGCUCCAAUCCAUUAGCGCUGCCAUCGAUGACAGCUCAGCGAUGAGAACAAAGAUACUUCCGGCCAUUGAUAGCAUUGAUGUCGUUGCAAACUGGACUUGGCCGUACCCUAAUAUUGCGGAUCUUUUGGCCGAGAAGCUCGGAGUGAAACUGGUGCAUAAACAUGAAAGUGGGCACGGUGGAAAUGCUCCCGCGAAACUGUUUGACGAGGCUGCUAGACGAGUAUCGAAGGGCGAAUCCCGUCUUGCUAUUGUGACUGGUGGUGAAGCCCUUGCAACCCACCUCGGAACACUGCAUUCCAUUGGACUUCCUAUUCAAGUGUAUCCCUUGUACGAAGCAGGAUUUCGGGCCCAUCGUAAACAGAGUUAUGCCGAAAAUCAUCAGGAGUCCGCAGAGCUGUAUGCCAACUUUGCUCAAAUUGCCCAGAAUAAUCCUCUCUCGUGGAAUUAUGGCAAGCGCGCUGCCACAGUCGAAUCUAUUGCCACAGUAACGAAGAAUAACAGAAUGAUUUGUUCCCCAUAUCCCCUGUUAAUGAAUCCCUUCAACAAUGUCAAUCUAGCAGCCACGUGUAUUUUGACUUCAGUGGAAUUUGCGCGUGAACUGGGAGUUUCAGAAUCUCGCUGGAUCUACCCUCUUGGAGGUGCCGGAACCAGCGACGCCAGCAAUUUCUGGGAACGCACCAACUUUCACUCUAGUCCAAGUAUCUCGAAUUCGCUCGACGAAGCUCUCAGAGUGUCUGGUUUAACCAAAGAGGACAUCGAUAUUUACGACUUCUAUUCCUGCUUCCCCAUCGUCCCCAAACUAGCCGCUCAGCACCUCAAUCUCCCCAUCACCAGGGGAGAUCGUCCUCUGACGGUACUAGGCGGGCUGACCUCCUUUGGCGGCGCGGGAAACAACUAUUCCCUCCAUGCCAUAACGCAAGUCGUCCGCGACCUACGCUCUCGUCGCGGUAUACACGGGCUCGUUCUUGCCAACGGCGGUAUCCUAUCCUACCACCACACGGUGUGUCUUUCGAUUCGGCCGCGCGCAGAUGGAUCUUCGUAUCCAUCGCAAAACCCCCUUCCGGAGUUCUCGCGUGAUACCACUUCACCAGCGAUUGCAGUCAAGGCAAAUGGUCGUGCAGUUAUCGAGACAUACACGGUUGAGUUCCAACGCAGUGGUUCACCUGGACAGGCAUACGUGAUCGGCCGGUUGGAGAACGGAGAGCGCUUUAUAGCAAAUGCUGCCAAUGCUUCGACACUGAAACAACUGUCUAGCACGACAGUUGAGCAAAUCGAUCGCACUGGUUGGGUUGAGAACGACGUGAAAUCAUCGAAGAACCUAUUCUCGUUUGAGCAUAUACAUAUCUAG